GGGGGGAUUUUUUGCGUGAUGAAAAGUCGCGUUUGUGUGUGUGUGUAUUCAGCAGUGGUUAUUUAACAUUUUAAAGAACCCAUGUGCGUGUCGGACUGUACUUCAUGCUCAGUCGGCAUUGUUAAUUGAUAGGGACGUCUCUGUCCCUCGCUUGCCCGCGUGGAGCGGUGGCGCAGCGGUUAGCGCGCUGCGCUACGAACCCGGCGACUCGAGUUGCGUUCCCUCUCGCGGCCAGCUCCAGCGAUUAUCUAAAACCGUUCCUGGCCCCUCUCCUAUGGCGACUCUGUCUCCAAUGAGUACCUGGUGCGGUGUGUAAACAUCGCCACUGGGGGAGACAAAGGCGGCCGGGCGUGAUGCUGUGGCCAAUUACCCCGUCGGCACACCGUGCCCGCCCUUUAAUAGGCGCCGCUCGCUAACGGAGCUUGUCCUAAAGCAUUACUUAAAGGCCGGUAGGUGUGGAUGUUUGUCUUUGUUGUCAACGAGAGAGACCUGUGAGCCAUCCGUAAAGUCGCCUGGAGGAGCAGUGGUGCACGCGUGUUAGGUAACUUUUCUUGCGCAAGUGCUCGCUGCAACUCGUAAGACCUUAUCAGGCCAUGUUUCACUGGAAAAAAAAUGUGUACAUCUCGUAAAUAAUUACAAAUUUAUAGUUGUACUAUUAAACCCACCAAAUAUUUCACUAUAUAUAUACACACACACAGCGGUAAAGUUGUAGUCAGGUUAUGUGGACAUUUUCGUGACUGGCAGGAACACGCACGUACAGCAAUCUCGCGGGCUAUAAAUCACACGCAAAUUAUUUUUUUUGCGCAAUUGUUGCUUCGCUGGAACGUUUAAGAACAUUUAAGAAGACACCUCCCAAAGGUGGCGUAGAGCCUCGUGGCAAUGACCACGAACGAGGCCACUCGCGAGGUGGGCCAAGAGUUCAUCGACGAUGUCAGCAGCCACGAGACAUCGGAGAGAGCCACUCACUUGCCAGGACCGGUCGUGGACGAGACCACCCCGACCGGGCACACGGACGCCCAGCCAGAGACGGGACUCUCGUCACGUCGGUGGGUCCUGGUCCUGCUCUUCAGCAGCUACUCGCUGGCCAACGCCUUCCAGUGGAUCGAGUACGGCACCCUCAACCACGUCUUCUCCAGCUACUACGACGUAGCCACGGGCUCCAUCGACUGGCUGUCCAUGGUCUACAUGGUGGUGUACAUCCCGCUCAUCUUUCCCGUCACCUGGUUGCUCGACAGCAAGGGUCUGCGGGUCAUCGCCAUCGUCGGCUCGGCGCUCAACGCGUGCGGCUCGUGGUUGAAGCUGGCCAGCGUGAGGCCCGACCACCUGGGGUUUGGCAUCACCAUGAUGGCCCAGUUCAUCUGCGGCGUGGCCCAGGUGUUCAUCCUGGGCAUGCCGUCUCGCCUCGCCUCCGUGUGGUUUGGCCCCAAAGAGGUCUCCACCGCCUGCUCCAUCGGUGUCUUCGGCAACCAGCUGGGAGUGGCUCUGGGCUUCGUGGUGCCUCCUCUGCUGGUGCCCAGCACGGGGGACACAGAGGCGGUGGGGAAGGGCAUCUCCAUCCUCUUCUACGGCACCGCUGCCAUCUCCACCACGCUCUUCCUGCUCGUCCUCAUCGUGUUCCGCGAGGAGCCGGCGCUGCCACCCAGCAACUCGCAAGCGACGCGGCGCGACUGCGAGGGCGAGGGCACCCCCUUCCACCACUCCAUCGUGCGCCUCCUCAGGAACCGUCCCUUCAUCCUGCUCAUCAUCACCUACGGCAUUAACACCGGUUGCUUUUACUCAGUGUCAACCCUACUCAACCAGAUGGUGGUCUACCAUUACCCGGGCGAGGAGAUACAUGCAGGCCGCAUCGGCCUCACCCUGGUGCUGGCCGGCAUGGUGGGCUCGCUGCUGUGCGGGAUAUGGCUGGACUAUACCAAGACGUACAAGCAGACGACGCUAGCCGUGUACACGCUCUCCCUUGCGGGGAUGAUCACCUUCACAUUCACGCUGAUGCUGGGGAAACUCUGGGUCGUCUAUCUCACCGCGGGGCUCCUUGGGUUUUUUAUGACGGGAUAUCUGCCGCUGGGAUUUGAGUUCGCGGCCGAGAUCACCUACCCCGAGUCGGAGGGCACGUCUUCGGGUCUGCUCAACGCCUUCGUGCAGGUUUGCGGAAUCACCCUCACGUUGUCCCAGGGAAACAUCGUCACGAAUUUUGACCCCCGCGCUGGAAAUCUGCUGCUCUGCUCGGUACUGCUGCUGGGAACCAUCUUGACAGCACUCAUCAAGGCUGACCUGCGCAGGCUGGCGGCAAACAAGAUGGGCGUCGACAUGGAGAAACCGCAAAUAGUCAUAAAUGGGACUACUCCAGAAAAGAACACAUCUGAAGUUCUCCAUCAGAGCGCCCUGUGAUCAACGGCGAACGCCAGACGGACGUGUGGGGUGGCUCUUCGUGGAAUUUCUACAACGACGGUGCAAGCGUCGUCCUGCUCGCACGUCGGCUAAAGCACCAAAUCGUGUUUCGCUAUUUUUGUUCAAUACACUACCUUUGACAAAAAACACAAAAAGCAAACAAUGAAUAAACACUGCCCUAGUAGGGGGAAAAACAAUAAGAGGCGACAUUGUUGUGGGCAAUGACCCUUCCUCACAGUGUGAUGUGCUGAAGAAGGCACAUUACCCAAAACGUUGCCUGUUAUAUAUAUACACACAGGAACUCUCCUUACAAACGAGUUAGGUUCCAGAGGUCUGCUCGCAAGUCGAUUUGUUCACAAGUCUAUCUUUAUUCCAAAUCUGUAGUACGGCAUGUACACUAAAAACGGGAAUGGCUUUAAAAAUGGUAUAACCUCCUGUAGAUGCCACUGGUUAUUCAUGUUCCAGCUGUAAUGUGACUAAAUAUGGUCGUAGUGCAAUUAACAAGGGGCUUUAUUUAGAAAAUGGUUAUACUGGGGCACCCGCACACUCAUGAAUGUGCCGGUAUUUUGGUGUUGUAACUCUGUGACCCGCUCCUACUGGACAUGUGUGAAAAAGAGCUUCAUAGCUCAUCGGAUUUCUCCGGAAUAAAAAAAAAGGAUCUGAUUCUGAUACUGCGAUGGCAGUGGCGCACACGCACAAACAACAACAACACAGAAUCAACAUAUUCGUCAAUAAUUUUUACGUGCAAUAAAAAAAUGUGCCGUUACCAAAA